CAUUUGGGGGAUAUCUGUACUGUCCUGACAUUUGGGGGAUAUCUGUACUGUCCUGACAUUUGGGGGAUAUCUGUACUGUUCCUGACAUUUGGGGGAUAUCUGUACUGUUCUGACAUUUGGGGGAUAUCUGUACUGUUCUGACAUUUGGGG